AAAGUCAAGCGUCAGACCCAAGUUAAUGAUGCAGGUUUUCCUCCUGCUCCUGUGUUGGACCGCCUCAUCGGCAUAUCACAUUACUAAGUGGCGUUGUCCGGUGGUGACGCACAACACAUCAGUACAUGUGGACUGCUCAGAGAGGGGACUAAAAGAUAUCCCAGUAAUUCUACUGCGAAAUGUGACAGAACUCGACCUUUCUUUAAAUCACAUACAGAACGUGUCAAUUGACUCAGCACACACUCUGGGAGAUCUGGAGAAUUUAACUCUCAUUGAUUUGAAUAGCAACAACAUUGAAACCUUCAAUAGCACAGACUUAUUUGAAGAUUUAACAAAUUUAAAGACCUUGCGCCUGGACCAUAAUAAUAUUUCUGUAGUGCCGAGAAUAGUGUCUGACAGCCUGUCGAAUUUGAGUUUGGCAUCUAAUAAUAUAAAUCGCAUCACCUCAGAAGACUUCAAGGGAUUAAGCGCUCUCACGUCUGUCAAUCUGGAUGAAAACUGUUAUUUUCGCCUCACUUGUAAUGAGUCUCUCAUCAUCGAGAGAGGGGCAUUUUCCGACCUAACCCAGCUCACAAACCUCUCCCUGUCAAAGAAUGGAUUGUACAAAGUCCCACAGCAUCUACCCAACUCACUUGUGUACCUUAAACUAUUGCUGAACAGCAUAUCAUUCAUUGACAAAUCUGACUUCAGGGGCUUGGAGUCACUGCAGUUCCUCGACCUGUCUGGGAACUGCCCCUUUUGCCCAAAUGCCCCUUUCCCCUGCAAGCGAUGUGCACACGACGCUCUGGUGAUCCACCCCGAAGCAUUUGAUCCCCUGCAUAGGCUGGAGGAGCUGCGUCUGUCGGGGAACUCCCUUAAGACCGUGAAGCCCAACUGGUUCCAGAACCUCACCUGUCUGAAGUACCUGUUCAUGUCCUUCAACCAUUUCAUCGGCGACAUCCAGACUGGCGAUUUCCUCUCCGCGCUUCCAAGGGUCGAGGUCGUCGACCUGUCCUACAACAACCUUGAGACAGCUCUGUUCCCGAGGCUGAAAAUCUCGUCACAUUUUGCGAACAUGACGUCGCUGAGGGUCCUGCAUCUUCAAGGUUACAACUUCUUAAGGCUGACCGACGAGGACCUGGAGCCACUCUACAACUUAAGAAACCUCUCUGUGCUGAAUAUUGGGGUCAAUUUCUGCCAACAGACUCAAUUCUCAUUUUUUAAGAAGUUUCACAACUUGUCUGUUGUCACAUUAGUGGAGAAUCUGCUGACUUUACUGCCGACUCCAGAGUCAACAUGUCUUCUCAGUGGAGGAGAGUAUAGGUCGGAUGGACACAGUAAUGUUCCCAUUCUCUCCAGACCCUUUAUCCACCGUGAUGAGGACUACCACUUCUAUCCUCCCGCCAUCAAACCAGGGUGCUUAAAAUCCGGCACUGUGCUCGACCUUAGUCGAAACUUAAUCUCUUACCUCAAUCCAGAGUAUUUCAAGGACACAGAAAAUGUAGCCUGUCUCAAUCUCUCGGCAAACUCCAUAGGGCAUUUAAAUGGUUCUCAGUUUAAACAAUUUCCUCACCUCAAAUAUCUGGAUUUGUCUAGAAACAGAGCAUAUCUGUCCUCAGAUCAGGCUCUCACUGAAUUGAAAGAGCUGGAAAUUUUAGAUCUGAGUCACAACAAACACUACUUUCAGGUGGUUGGAUUGAACCAUUCUUUAGCAUUCACACGGCAUCUGACAUCGCUAAGAGUCCUAGACCUUAAUGACAAUGAAAUCAGCACUCUGACAGAUAAGCACAUGGAGAGUGACUCUUUAAAGGAACUGUACUUUGCGGGCAAUCACCUAGACCUUAUGUGGUCGAACGACAAGGGGUUCCACAGUUUAUUUGAAAACCUCAGAGUUUUGAAGACACUGGACCUCUCAUAUAACAUGCUGAAGGACAUCCCCUCAAGUGUUCACGAUAAGUUGCCAAAAACUCUUACACGUCUAAGACUGAACCAGAAUGCAAUGUCUGCUUUCAACUGGAGUAUGCUUUCUUAUCUGCCUUUGCUUGAAGAGCUGCAUCUAUCCAAAAAUGAAUUGGAGCACGUUCCUGAAAAGCUGGCCUUGGUGGCUUGGCAACUCAAGGUGUUGAAUUUGAGUCACAACAAAAUAGCUCAGCUGUCCUGGUCAUUCCUCCAGGGUGCGUUGAACUUGAUGAGUCUGGAUCUGACCAGUAAUCACUUGACGGCUCUCAAUAAAACAACCUUCAAGACGUCGAUAGACGGGGAUGACAGCGACGAUUCCCUAAAGGUACUCAAGCUAAAUGACAACUGGUUUCAGUGCACAUGCGCCCUGGUGGACUUUCUCCUCUGGGUUAACGGCAGCCAAGUUAACUUGCCUGACCUUCAGACUAAAGUGCUGUGUGACUCGCCUGAAUCCAAGGACGGCCAGUCCAUCGUUCACGCAGGCCUAAUCAAAAGUUGCUACAACGACAACAUCUCUGUAGCCGUCUGCUACGCUAUCUCUUCCUCCAUGGUGAUACUGAUGCUGUUUGUCUCCAUCAGUAUGCAUCUGUUCUACUGGGACAUGUCGUACGUUUGCAGCUUCUUGAGUGCCAGGGUGAGGAGCCGCCGGCCAAGCUCUGCCCAGUACACCUACAACGCCUUUGUGAUGUACGACACCAGCGACCCACUCGUCUCCGAUUGGGUGCUACGUCACCUGCGCGUCGAGCUUGAGGAACGUGGUGGUGGUGGUGGCAGCAGCGAAAUGGUACGCCCACUCUGUCUCGAGGAACGCGAUUGGGUGCCCGGCACGACCAUCAUGGACAACCUUGCACAGAGCGUGCAGCGGAGCAGGAAGACCGUCUUCGUCCUGACCGAGGGCUUCGUCCGCUGCAGCCUCUUCAAAAUGGCCGCCUUCCUGGUGCACCAGCGUCUGCUGGAGGAGGGGCUGGACGUCAUGGUGCUGCUGCUGCUGCAGCCGGUGGUGCUGCGGCGCUCCCGCAUCCUGAGCCUGCGCCGCUGCCUGUGUCAGCACAGCGUGCUGGAGUGGCCCGCCAACCCGGCCGCCCACCGAUGGUUCUGGCAGCAGCUGCGGGGGGCCGUCCGCACCGAGCGGCAGGCCUCGCACAGCAAGCUGCACUGGAAGUACUUCUCUGGACGAUAGAGCACUUACCACUGGGGUUCCUCAGCACCGAGCGGCAGGCCUCACACAGCAAAUGGUAAAUGGACUUCAUUUAUAGAGCGCCUUUCCACUCCUUCGAACACUUAACAUUCUAUGCAUCACAUUUAUCCAUCCACACAUUUAUCCAUCCACACAUUUAUCCAUUCACACACUGGUUGCAGUGGCUGCCACAUAGGGUACCAUCCUGCCAAAAGGAGCAAUUCGGGGUUUCUUGAUCUUGAACCUUCAACCUGCUGGUUGCCAAACAGGCUCCUGUACCACCUCAGCCACCAUCGCUGCAAGCUGCACUGGAAGUAGGCCUACCUCUCAGGAGAAUAGAGCACUAACCCCCCGGGGUUACUCAGUACAUUUUACUACUGGUCCACAGAAGCAAAGACUGGAACUCAGUUUUGCAUUGGCUACCGGUGUGUGAGAACCAACACACUCAUAAGGACAGGAGUUACUGGGGGUCAUCCCUAUGUUCCCGGGGUCCUAUGUUCCCCCGGUCCUAUGUUCCCCGGGUCAUAUGCACGGGCGUAGGCAGAAAUAAUAAAACAGGUGGGCCCAGAAAAAAAUAGACAGGCCCAACCCCAAAACGUAAGCUUAUAUAUUACAAGCCUACAGCGUUUUGAGUGUAUGCCUGGUUUGUAAGCAAAUCACUUCUAAGUGAAAGCAACUGGAAAAGUUAGA